UCGAAGAAAAGUUUUAACACGUGGUAAAAGGAAAGAGAAGAAGAAAAAGGAGGAAGAAGAAGAAGAAGAAGAAGAAGAAAAACGAAGGAAAAGAUUUUCCAUGAACGAUUCGUAAUAAAGAAGAAAAUAAAAUAGUGUUGUUGUACAAAAUAAGGGAGGAACGGAAUUUGAAUAGCCGCCGCCGUGUGCUCGGUUGGAUCGCGAUCAGAAGGGCGCCUUGCGUUUAUCCGAUCCUCUCAUCCUCUUACAGUGAAGAGGGAGUUGUCAUUCAUACGCGAAGGAUUGGGGAAAAAACGAAAGAGAAAGAGGAAAGGAUUUUUUUUUAACAGUUGGAGCUCGUGUAGCAUCGUGAAGAAAGAACACGCGGGAGAGGAGUAAUACCAAAGUUCAUUUUCUUUUCGUGUUAUUUUCUAUUAAAAAAGGAUAAAGAAAGAUACUCGUGCUUUGUGUAUUCUGUUUUGGAUUUAAUAGAAAAAAAAAUAAGUGGUGUUUGUGUCACGAUUGACACGCGAAAGAGAAGAAAAGAGAAAGAGAGAGGGAGAGGGAGAGAGAGAGUGGGGGGUAAUAGUGAGAAGAAAAGUGCGGCAAGUCCCCCCCCUCCAAAGAAUAGAACAAGAACAACACAUAUAAGGUUUCUCUGCAAAUUCCGAAAUGGCUCCUCGACACCUGUGGCUAGAAACAACUCUCAUCUUUAUCCUCGUAGCAGGUGCGAGGUGCCUGCGGAACGUCAGCUUGGAAGUGGUUCCGGAGGCGGUGCAACGUGGUCAGGAGGUGAUUCUACGUUGCCAUUAUGAUCUCGAGAGGGUGCCCCUUUACUCUGUCAAGUGGUACCGCGGUAGGUACGAGUUCUACCGAUAUUCACCGAACGAGGAACAGACCAACAAGAUCUUUAAUAUCACUGGAAUACACGUUGAUGCUGGUAAGUCCAACAACAACGAGGUAACGCUGCACAACGUUGACUUCGCCCUCUCGGGUACGUUCAGCUGCGAAGUUACAGCAGACGCGCCGACCUUCUUCACAGCCUCCGCCUCGAAGAAUCUUACCGUAGUGUCUUUACCCGAAGGCAAACCCUUGAUCGUAUCUGAUCGUGAACGUUACGAUCCUGGAGAUAUUCUGCGAGCAAAUUGUAGUUUACCGGCAUCGAGGCCAAGCGCUCAUCUGUCAUUCACACUCAAUAACAUACCGGUGGCAGCGAUCUCGAAGAAUCAGGAGGAACACGAACAGCAGAAACGAGAUCAUCGUAGAGAGGGCACUGGAGUUUCCAGCGAGCAGCAGCAGCAGCAGCAGCAGCAUCAGCAUCAGCAACAACAGUGGAUCGCCCUCAGUCUACCACUUCAACUAUUUUACUAUACGAACGGCCAGUUGAAUCUACGUUGUACCGCACAAAUCCCUGGAAUAUAUUCGUCCGCGAAUGAGAUACAAUUGGGCACUGGGUUACGUGAACCUGUACCUGAAAGAGUAACCUCUGAGAACGGAUGCAAUUCUCACAGUGCUGUCUGCCUGACGAUCCUUCUCCUUCUGUGUAUGGUUCAACUGCUCUUAAGAUAGUCACGGCACGCCUGAGAUCAUGAAAAGGGGAGUAGUUCAGGAGCGUCGCAGGACGAACGGCACACUAGUCACGAAGCAAACAGGAAGGAAGAGAACUCUGAGGAGCCGAUUCUUCUUCGAAAGAAAUAAAGAAAAGGAGAAAGGAAAUAACGAGACAAAUAAUAUUGUCCGAUCGCUAUGAAUAUAUUUAUCUCUUUUUAAUGUA